CGGCCAGCGCAGGUCCUCCCGGCGUGACAGCGCGGCAGUCCGCGAUCCGUCGCGCGGCGGAACCCACCUCGCGAUCGGUUGCAGCCGUUACCACACCACUCUUUGGCAGGCGGGGCCGGCGCGCGUGAAGCGGCGGGGCGCGCCGGCCGUAUGGCGCUGCUGUACCGCGCCACGCGCCUGCGCGACCGCGGCGACACGCACGUGUUCACCUUCGUGGUCACGCGCAGCGCCACAAGAGAGCCGGACCGUGAUGUGACGAGCAAAGACUUCGGGUGCGCGCAUCAGAGAUGGGCGGUCGCUUUCAACCGCUCGGCUGAUGCUUCACUAGGUGUAUACCUGGUAUGGCGCGGCGCGUGCGAGGGCAUGCGUGUCUACGUCGACUUCACCUUCACACUCCUCAGUCGCGACCACUUCACCGCGAAUGAGGGCUUCUCGGGCAAGCAAGUCCGCUUCAGCGCCGGCUGCGCAGCGCAGGGCCGCGGCCGCUGCGUCACCCUCGCCGAACUUAACUCGAAAUUCGCGGACGCUCGCGGCGAGUUCCAACUCGAACUCUGCAUGUCUCGCGUCCGCACUUUCUACUCUUGCGAACUCAGGGCGCCGCGCAUCGACACUCCGCCCAUCGCCUUCGCUGGAUUCGAUUGGACCGUCGCCGUAAACGGAUGGAGCAAGGAACCACUGUCACUCAGACUUGUGCGACUCUCAGGAGAAGGACAGCAAUGCCGCGUCAGAUACGCGCUGGCUCUAGGCGAGGGCGAAAGAAGAGUGCAAUCAGGUGUUCUAGAAAGCGUCUGUGAUGCAGAAGGAAGGACACCGCCUUGGACGCCGCGUCCUCCACCUCGCCCUAUACACAAAGGCCUGCGGUUGACUGUGGAGCUGAUCCACGCCCGCGCUUUAGCUGAUCUUUCAGUAGCGGCGGCAGGCCGGGCAGUAACGUGCUAUGACCGCGACAAGCAGGCAUGGGCGCUCCGCUGCGACACGCACUCUGACACUGUGCGGCUUCACAUGCUUUAUCGAGACGUGCACAACGUGCCACGCAACCAUUUGCGCUACGUGAGCUGGUCUGCGUGGUUGGUGCGCGCUAACCCAGCAGCCGGGGAGUCAGACGCUGAGGAACUCCCCGGAGCUCCCUUCUCUCACUACUACGCCCAGGACAGCGCCGACGAAGGCCUAAUGAUGGAGACAGCGCUUCGCGUGGAGGAGAUCUCGCGUCCUGGGUGUCCUUUCUUGCACGCGGGCGGCGAGCUCCGCGUCCGGCUCGAGUGGGGCGAGACGUAUCUACUGUUUCAGGCUACUUACCAUAUCUAUGAUGAUCUUUGUCGUCUUCAGGCGCAUCAGAUGAGACGUGAAAUCACUGCUCUUCAAGCGGAGAACUACUCUCUAGAGCGGCAGCUGUUCAGUUACCAGAAGAGCUUGGCGUAUGCCCAGGCGCAGGCGGGCGCGGAGGGCGCGCCCCCGCCCGAGGGCGAGGGGCGCCGCUCCCCCGCCGAGCGAUCCCUCUCCACCGACACCGAGUACGCGUGAACACCGCUAGAUGGCGACACUCGCCGUACCGAGUACGCGUGAAUGCCCCAAAAUGGCGUCGCUCGUGGUCGCUUCUCCGCCCGCUCUGCUCUCUAUCCUUUUCGACUGACUCUGACGUUUUUGAGCGAUUUAUCUAUUUUUCUAGACGUUUUAAGGCGGGGUGCGCCCUCGUCCGCACCGCUUCUCGCCGGUCGCCUGCACUCUCGCCGCUCGAUCUAUCGAUAGCCAAUUAUUAUACUCGACUACUUUUCUAUUUAUCUGUACAUAAAAUAUAUUUAGAUAUUAUAUAUUAUGUAUAUUUCUUAACUUGAAACUCGAAUUCAUAUACUGCAACAGUCGAUUAAGAGUAAAAGUCUAUGAAAAUGU